AGCGAUCCUGCCUGGUACCCUGCAGAGAGCCUCUUGCAACCCUGGGCACCGCCCCUGCCCUGCCCUGACCCCUUGGCCUCGAAAUGCUGUCGUCGGAGGAGCCGUCCCGCUCGGACCAAGGCCAGGAUGGACAAAGCUAGAGCUGGGGCAGGCAAGGAGCCAUCCUGUCCUCGAGGCCGUAGGAAGAGAAGCACGCACAGGGGGCCACUCCUGAGAGCCUUUCGGUUCCCCAGGCCUCUGCAGAGGGGCCACCAUGGCUCUGGCCCCAGCCGGCUGGCAGCUAGGGGCCCUGGUGUGGGGCGCCUGCCUCUGUGUCCUGGUGCAUGGGCAACAGGCCCAGCCGGGGCAGGGCUCGGACCCAGGGCGCUGGCGGCAGCUGAUCCAGUGGGAGAAUAACGGGCAGGUGUACAGCCUGCUCAACUCGGGCUCCGAGUACGUGCCCGCCGGGGCCCAGCGCGCGGAGGGUAGCUCCCGGGUGCUGUUGGCGGGCGCCCCCCAGACCCCGCGGCGGCGCAGCCAAGGAGGGCCCCGGCGGCGGCAGGCCCCUUCCCUGCCCCUGCCCCUGCCCGGGCGCGUCGGCUCAGACACUGUGCGCGGCCAAGCGCGGCACCCGUUCGGCUUCGGCCAAGUGCCCGACAACUGGCGCGAGGUGGCCGUCGGGGACAGCACGGGCAUGGCCCGGGCCCGCACCUCGGUCUCCCAGCACGGGGGCUCCACCUCCUCAGUCUCGGCCUCGGCCUUCGCCACCACCUACCGCCAGCCGCCCUCCUUCCCACAGCAGUUCCCCUACCCGCAGGCGCCCUUCGUCAGCCAGUACGAGAACUACGAUCCGGUGGCGCGGACCUACGACUCGGACGCGCCCCCGCCCGUGGGGGAGCGCGGUGGCGCGCAGCAGGGCCGUCUCAGCGUGGGCAGCGUGUACCGGCCCACCCAGAACGGCCGCGUCAGAUGGGGGAUGCAGAUGUGUGCUGGAAGAGGGAGGGGCACAGGGUGGUGGCAGAGAGGACUCCCUGACUUGGUUCCAGACCCCAACUAUGUGCAAGCGUCCACUUAUGUCCAGAGAGCCCACCUGUACUCCCUGCGCUGCGCAGCAGAGGAGAAGUGCCUGGCCAGCACGGCCUACGCUGCGGAGGCCACUGACUACGACGUGCGGGUGCUGCUACGCUUCCCCCAGCGCGUGAAGAACCAGGGCACGGCAGACUUCCUCCCGAACCGGCCGCGGCACACCUGGGAGUGGCACAGCUGCCACCAACAUUACCACAGCAUGGACGAGUUCAGCCACUAUGACCUGCUGGAUGCAGCCACAGGCAAGAAGGUGGCCGAGGGCCACAAGGCCAGCUUCUGCCUGGAGGACAGCACCUGCGACUUCGGCAACCUCAAGCGCUAUGCAUGCACCUCACACACACAGGGCCUGAGCCCAGGCUGCUAUGACACUUACAACGCGGACAUCGACUGCCAGUGGAUUGACAUAACUGAUGUGCAGCCCGGGAACUACAUUCUCAAGGUGCACGUGAACCCCAAGUAUAUCGUUUUGGAGUCUGACUUCACCAACAAUGUGGUGAGAUGCAACAUCCACUAUACAGGCCGCUACGUUUCUACAACAAACUGCAAAAUUGUCCAGUAA